UGUCCGACGGAAGUGAAUAGUAAGCGGACCACCAACAGAGGGUUCAUCAAUGGAGAAUCGACAAUUGUGAGCGUGUUGUGAUAUUUAUCUGCUUUAACGAGCAACGCACCUUGUUGGAACCGCCAUGGACCGCAGCAGGUCCCCAAAGAGAGGAAGUAAAGUGGACAAAAGCGACAAGAAGAAGAAACGAAGGAGAUCUUCGUCGUCGUCCUCGUCUUCAUCCAGCAGCGCAAGUGCGAGCAGAUCAAAGAAGACAACAUCGCACAAAAGUCCAGAUGGAAAUACACAAAGAAAGAAGCACAGGCGAAGCUCGUCUUCCUCUUCAUCAUCAUCCUCAUCUACUUCUUCCUCAUCUAGUGAUGAAAUGAGCAAGAAGAAGAGUAAAGGAAAGAAGAAGAAAAAACUAUCCAAGAAGAAAAAAGCCAAACUGAAGAAACAGCGUAAGAAGGAGAAGAAGAUGAAAAGGAAGAUGAAAAAGAAAAAGGAGGAAGAAGAGGAGGAGGAGAAGAAGAAGAUGGCAGAGGCUGUUAUUCUCCCUGUAGAAAAAGCGCCAUCUUCAUUGGAGGUGUGGCAGACGGACGAUGGAGGAGUGGAGCUGGGCCCAGUGAUGACAGACGAGCAGAAGGCCCGCCUCGCCACCAGGAGGCCUCUUACCAAGGAGGAGUACGACGCCCGGCAGAGUGUCAUCCGCAAGGUGGUGGACCCCGAAACGGGACGCACCAGGCUGGUGAGGGGCGAGGGAGAGAUCAUCGAGGAGAUGGUCAGCCGUGAAAGACACAAGGACAUCAACAAGCAAGCCACCAAAGGGGACGGCAACUCCUUCCAGAGAACACUUGGACUCAACAGGUAGAAGAUGCUGCUCUUUAGUCUACAAACAAGUCUCCUGCAACUUGGCCAUUGGUGCAUAAAACAAAACGUUGGAUGCACUAAAAGUUGACCUCGGCUGCUCGUAUUUCAAUCAUGUAAAAAAGUCAAUUUUUUUUUUGUGGAUGAAACUAUAAUUUAACAACUUCCCCACCAGGUAGAGGAACACAAGUGUUUCCAUGUCAGAUUUCCAAUUAUUUUAAGGGGGGUGUCCCAUAUGAUAUUGAUAUUGGAUAUCUGUCCGAUAUCAACAAAAAACGUUUUGGAUAAUAUCGGCUAGCACAUUAAAUCUCCAAAAUAAGUUCUGAGACUACCAGCCUUACUUGUGCAAAACUGGACAGCCAGUUAACAGCUAAUUUUCCUCCAAAAAGCACAAAAGGCUGGUCUCCUCUUGUAUUUUAGUAGGUUAUACUAUUGGCUAGAAGUGAGUAACUACACAACAGCCAAGCAUACCAUAGCUCAAAAGCUAGAUAUACGUAAUACGUGUCCUUAAUUAAACAAUAUUGAAGUCUAAAACAGCACAUUUGUCAGUGGAAACUAGUGCCAAAUAAUUGUAGUUGCAUUUUACUAACAGAUGCAAAGUCUUCAAGGCAGAGGUGUAGUAGAAAGUUUCCAGUAACAAACGUCUCCGCAUCAUGAGGUUAAUAACCUAAUAAAUUGUUGUGGACACUGCUCCCCCCGCCCCCCAAAAAAUACCAUUCCACUUAAAUUAAAGACAGCAUAAAGUCAUUCUAGAUUGUCAAUAAUAGAUAAGUGUCCACUUGAUGAAGCCUGUUCUAACAUUCCACACAACUAAAAUGUUGCUGAUAUCAUACAAUAAUAAUAAUAACAAUGGAUUAGAUUUAUAUCGCGCUUUUCUAUUACUAGAUACUCAAAGCGCUCACAGAGAAGUGGGAACCAAUCAUUCAUUCACACAUUAUAUAGGAUCAAUAUCGGUAUAGGACAGGGGUCGGCAACCUUUACCACUCAAAGAGCCAUUUUGACCCGUUUCACAAAACUCUUUUACAAUUUAAAAUGAAAUAACACAGCGUACAGUUUUUUUUUUGCUUUGUGCUAUCUAUUAACCAGGGGUCUCAGACACACGGCCCGCACCUUUACAUGAAAAUGUAAUAUUAGAGCGGCCCGCGAGUUUUAAUUGAAUGCCGCUUGACAACAUCACAAUUGCUAACCAUCUCAAUUUAUACGGGAGACUGCCAAAUUUCAGGGCACCUGUUCUCUCAAAUGUCUGCUGAUUUUCACCAAAACGACAAUAUUAAGGGCGUUCUGUGAUGACAUUGCGCUUAACACCCUCUGCAAACGUAACAAACAGCUUGUCAGCCCAUUUACAUAUUGUAUGUGGCUUCUGCAGACACACGUAAGUGACUGCAAGGUAUACUUGUUCAACAGCCAUACAGGUCACAUUGAGGGUGGCCGUAUAAACAACUUUAACACUGUUACAAAUAUGCGCCACACUGUGAACCCACACCAAACAAGAAUGACAAACACAUUUCGGGAGAUCAUCCACACCAUAACACAACAUAAACACAACAGAACAAAUACCCAGAAUCCCAUGCAUUCCUAACUCUUCCGGGCUACAUUAUACACCACCGCCCCCCCCCAACCCCGCCCACCUCAACCGACGCACUUCUUUUGUGUUUAUGUUGUGUUACGGUGCGGAUGUUCUCCCGAAAUGUGUUUUGUUCUUGUUUGGUGUGGGUUCACAGUGUGGCGCAUAUUUGUAACAGUGUUAAAGUUGUUUAUAUCACAACCCUCAGUGUAACCUGUAUGGCUGUUGACCAAGUAUGCCUUGCAGUCAUUUGAGUGUAGUAACGGCAGCCACACACUACAUGUGACCAGCCGGCACUCAGUUAGCAUUGUAUGAAGGCGCACGCAACGGCAUGUUCUAGAGAGCGUUAAUGUUAUUGUCAUCAUGGCACGCCCUCAACAUUGUUGUCCGGAUGGAAAUCUGAGAAUAUUAUCCUCGGGAGAUUAUAGGGAGAGGCAUUGAAAUCCGGAAACCUCCCGGAAAGAGGGGGGGGGGUCAGCAAGUAAGCAGCUGAGCCACAUGAGAGUGAUCAAAGAGUCGCAUGUGGCUCCGGAGCCGCGGGUUGCCGACCCCUGGUAUAGGGCAAUACCCGAUGCUCCAAAAUUGGUACAUUGAAAGUAAAUAUAUUGUAUGGGGACCCCCAUACAAUAUAUUUUUUUGUUAUUUUUCAAGCAUUUUAAAACAUAGGUUUGGAAAUGCACGCUUUUCAUCGCGCAGCAACUGAAAAUGCCUCGUGAGUACAUGGUGGCCGUUUACAACCUAAAUAUUUCAAAUUUUCCUGUUUUAUAUUCUGCAUUUAUUAAUUGUUUUUUUCACACACUGACAAAUCUUGUCGGUUGACUUUAGACCAGGGGUCGGCAACCCAAAAUGUUGAAAGAGCCAUAUUGGAUCAAAAAUACAAAAACAAAUCUGUCUGGAGCCACAAAACAAAUUUAAAAGCCAUAUUACAUACAGAUAGUGUGUCAUGAGAUAUAAAUUGAAUUAAGAGGACUUAAAGAUAACUAAAUGAGGCAUAAUGAUGCAACAUGUACAUAUAGCUAGCCUAAAUAGCAUGUUAGCAGCGAUUAGCUUGCAAUCAUGCAGUGACCAAAAAUGUCUGAUUAGCAUUCCACACAAGUCAAUAACAUCAACAAAACUCACCUUUGUGCAUUCCCGCACAACGUUAAAAGUUUGGUUAUCAAAAUGAGACAGGAAAAAGUGGCAUAAAACACAAAGUCGGAGAAAGUUGUACAUGUAAACAAACCACGGUGAGUUCAAAGACCGCCAAAAUUAGUAGGACAAAACAGCGUUCGCCAAAUACUCAAAUCAAUGAAGCAUGAUUAAUACAAACAUUGUGCUUUGUAGCAAUUAGGGAGGUUGGUGUCAUGUUUGUCCUCCUACAGAAACCAUAUUAAAACAAAAAAUGUAUUUUUUUCCUUCAUCUUUUUCCAUUUUACAUACAUUUUUGAAAGAGCGCCAGAGAGCCACUAGGGCGGCGCUAAAGAGCCGCAUGCGGCUCGCCGACCUCCGCUUUAGACAAAUAAAGAUUUUUGCUAUGAAAUGUAUUAACCUCAUAAGUCGGUCAAUGUGUGGAGAGAAAAAAAACACACACACACACACACAAAAACAAGGCCCAAAUGAUUGUUUGCAUGGAUCGAUGUUCUUUAUACACUGCAUAAAAACAAGGGAAUGGAAAUCAAGUGAGAGGUUAUCCCAAACCUACAAAAUACACACACAUACACACCCUGUACAAUAGAAAUAUUUGCCAAGCGUCGUCGUCAUUGCACUGUGACUUGUGUGUUUUAUUGUUAGCUAGUUUGAAAUAAGACUUGCUUGUCCAUAUAUGUGCAGCUGUUGUGAUACAUAAUGGACAAAAGGCAAAGAAAACAACUUAAGGCCUCUAAGUUAAAUGAGCUGGGCAGACGAUUCAACUCAAUCUGAUCUCUUGUCACUUCAACCCUCAUCAGCAUAAUUACGGCAGUAUUUAUUUUUACUCACAAGACCAAAUUGACUUCAUAUCUUCACAGAUUUGUGCCAGCCUACACGGACAAAAGUAUUGGGACCGACCAAAUUAGUUGGUGUUGCGGUUCCCGAUGCUUCUGUCCAUAAUGAGCGUCUAGCACAAAAAAAGACUGUAAGGCAGGGGUGUCCAAAGUGCGGCCCGGGGGCCAUUUGCGGCCCAUAGCUAAAAGUUGACCGGCCCGCCACACAUUCUGCAAAAAUUGCGAAAUUGAUAGUAUUGGAAAAAUUAAAAAAAAAAAACAUUUAAAAAAGUGGAAUGAGGUGAAAUCUAAUGUGAAAAAGUGGCAAUGUUCACACACAGCUUCCACGCAGGCAGUUUUUUUUCCUUUUGUCUUUAUGUUCUUUUUUUUCCAUUGCUCAAAAAAAAAGACAAAAAAAUCUAUGUUAUAAAGAAUUGUUACUUAAAAAUUAUCACUAUAAAAUGUUUUAUGUGGAAAAAUAUUGCAUAUGUUGUGUGGUUGCCAUAUAAAAACAUCAAAGUUUUGACAAAAGAGCAUAAAACAAACAAAAUAAUAGUUCAAACUUAAAAUCGACAGAUUUAUCGGAAGUUGAUCUUAAAAUUUAAGUGUUAAAAGUAAAAAAAUAAUAAUACAAAGGCAUCACUUUAUGAGUGAGGAACCUUUCGGAUCUCAAAUAUAUUUAGUAGGAUAUUAUUUAACUUUUCACUGUGAUUACUCAAAAAUAUAUUAUUAAUAAAAUCAAUGGUGUUCUGCAUUAUUGAUCUUUUAGGGCUUUAAUUGCUAUAUAAAGGAACUCUCCUGAAGGAAUCAAUAAAGUACUAUCUAUCUAUCUAUCUAUCUAUCUAUCUAAAUACUGCAUAUUUCAGUUUUACUAUAAAAAACAAAAGUUGUCUUUGACAGAAAAAGCAUAAAACCUUAUUUGUUUUACUUUAUAUCAACCUCAAGUUGAUAUAGAGAUUUACUGUAAGCAUUAAAUAAAGUAAAAAAAAUAAUAAUUUGACUUAUUUUUAAAAUUUUAGUGACCGAGACACUCUAUGCUCCCUAAGCCCUAAGGAUAAAAAAAAAAAAUCCAUAUAUUUUGUUAUGGUUUGAAAAUGAAAAAUAUCAAAAUGCCCCCCGCAUGCUUAAAUUUUUCCAUGUGCGGCCCUCUGUGGAAAAAGUUUGGACACCCCUGCUGUAAGGAAAGUGUGUUGUUAUGUCCCAGUACAGUUGACCAAACAGUACAGUCGUGAGCGAAAUUUGUGGUGCAAGCGGGAGUGGUGAUCAUCCUGAUUGGAGUGAUUGUCAUAGCACUGGGAUGCAGCGUGUUGGACCUGGUGGUGAUCAAUAAAUCCUUGGAAAUAUUGCACAUUUUCCCUUUUACAUUAGCGCCCAUGUGGUUGGUCCAUUGCAGUCACUUUGGGACGUGCCUCAUUGUUAUUAAAAUCAUCAUCAUCAAGUCUCA